CCCCGACACACUGAAAGCAAAAAGAAAGACAUAACCCCAAAAAAAAAAUCACAAAUGCAUAAAAAUAGAAAGAUAAUUAUGAAAAAAAAUGCAUUCUCCAUUAUUGUCUUCUCGGACUAAACCUCUAUUUCAACCCCACAGACAGAGCAACUCUCUCUCUAUUCUCUCUCUAACAGGGUAAGCAUUAAGCAAGCCCAGUUUCACCAUCGAAGGGCAAGCAAAAAAGAUUUGUCCUUUUGGGUUCUAGAGAGAAAAAAAAAUGGAAGAGAGGCCCGAGACGGAGCUCAUAUCAAUCCCGGCGAGUCCACGUGGAGUGUCGACGCCGGAGAUACAGACGCCGACCGGACAGAGAUCUCCCAGGCCCAUGUCUAAGGAUGCGAAAUCGUCGACGGCGUGGACUCCGACGUCGUUUAUAUCGCCUCGGUUCUUGAGCCCGAUCGGUACGCCCAUGAAGAGGGUGCUCAUCAACAUGAAGGGCUACUUGGAAGAGGUGGGCCACCUCACUAAGCUUAACCCUCAAGACGCAUGGCUUCCCAUCACCGAGUCACGCAAUGGGAAUGCUCAUUACGCUGCGUUUCAUAACCUCAAUGCUGGUGUUGGCUUCCAGGCACUGGUUCUUCCUGUUGCUUUUUCUUUUCUGGGCUGGAGUUGGGGAAUACUUUCCUUGACUAUAGCCUACUGUUGGCAACUUUACACGUUGUGGAUUCUAGUUCAGCUACAUGAAGCAGUUCCAGGAAAGAGGUACAAUAGAUAUGUGGAACUUGCACAGGCAGCAUUUGGGGAAAGAUUGGGUGUUUGGCUUGCUCUUUUCCCAACAGUAUAUUUAUCAGCGGGAACUGCAACGGCAUUAAUUCUCAUAGGAGGGGAGACAAUGAAACUAUUUUUCCAAAUAGUAUGCGGUCCCCUUUGUACAUCAAAUCCUCUCACAACGGUUGAGUGGUAUCUGGUGUUCACUUCUUUGUGCAUCGUUCUGUCUCAGCUCCCAAACCUAAAUUCUAUUGCAGGACUUUCACUUGUUGGAGCUGUGACGGCUAUUACUUAUUCCACGAUGGUUUGGGUCCUAUCUGUAAGUCAACAAAGGCCACCAACAGUUUCUUAUGAACCUCUUUCAUUGCCAUCAUUUUCUGCUUCCGUCUUUUCAGUCUUGAAUGCGCUUGGAAUUGUAGCCUUUGCUUUCAGAGGGCACAAUUUGGCUUUGGAGAUUCAGGCAACAAUGCCAUCAACCUUUAAGCAUCCUGCUCAUGUACCAAUGUGGAGAGGAGCCAAAGUAGCUUAUUUUUUCAUUGCUAUGUGCUUGUUCCCUAUUGCCAUUGGAGGUUUCUGGGCCUAUGGGAACCUUAUGCCGUCAGGGGGAAUCCUCAAUGCCUUGUAUGCGUUUCACAGUCAUGACAUUCCAAGGGGGCUUCUUGCAAUGACUUUCCUUUUAGUUGUCUUCAACUGUUUGAGCAGUUUCCAAAUAUACUCCAUGCCUGUCUUUGACAGUUUCGAAGCUGGCUACACUAGCCGUACAAAUCGCCCCUGCUCAAUAUGGGUCCGAUCUGGUUUCAGAGUCUUUUAUGGAUUUAUUUCCUUCUUCAUUGGUGUAGCGCUCCCUUUUCUAUCAAGUCUAGCUGGUCUAUUAGGAGGACUCACACUUCCAGUCACCUUUGCUUACCCUUGCUUCAUGUGGGUUCUCAUAAAAAAGCCUACCAAAUUCAGCUUCAAUUGGUAUUUUAAUUGGAUCCUGGGUUGGCUUGGUGUUGCCUUCAGCUUGGCUUUCUCAAUUGGAGGUGUGUGGAGUAUGGUGAACAGUGGACUCAAGUUGAAGUUCUUCAAGCCUAAUUGACAAGUAAACGGAAAUCCGGGAAGCUGUCAAUCUGGGUUAUGUGAAGGAUAUUUUUAUAUUCGUUUUACCGCCAGUUAAUUAAAUACGUCGUGUACCUUAUUGUGUUUCUUAUGGCACAUAUUUUUAAAUGGUAAUGAAGAAUUCAAUGUCAUCUACUUCUGUCUAA